CCACCACGCUCCGCGCAUCCGAGUCCACUCCCACCUCAUCACGACGAGGCCGCCACCAUGACCUCGCCCACGCCCGCCAAGCCCGUGCGCGAGCUGCUCGACGAAGCCAAGCGCCACCUGGCGCUCAAGAGCUUCACUGCCGCCGCCGACUCGUACGCCGAGGCGCUCGAGAGCCUGCGCGAGACGCACGACGAGGACUCGCCGCUGCUGGCGCCCGUGUUUCACCGCUACGGCCACGCGCUGCUGGAGCACGCCAUCUCCACGUCGGGCGCACUCGGCGGCGGCGGCGGCAGCGGCGAUGCGCCCAUGCCGACGCGCAGCGCCAAGAAGAGCGGCAGCAGUCCGCCGCCGGACCCGCGCUUCAGCUUCGGCGGCGAUGGGCCCGACUCGGACGAUGAGGAUGCCGCAGAGGGUGCGGAGGGCGCUGCGCCGGGCGAGGGCGGCGAGGAGGAAGAGGAGGACGACCUGAGCGUCGCCUUCUCCGUCCUCGAGCUCGCACGCGUGCGCUACGAGAAGAUCCUCGAGCUCGGCGGCGACCAGGCGACGCUGACGACGCUCGACGACGAGACGUGGGGCGUGUCGGGCAUCAAGGCGCAGCUGGCUGAGGUGCUCAACGACCUGGGUGACGUCGGUCUCGAGUCCGAGAACUUCCAGCAGGCGUCGGCCGACUACGAGGCGGCGCUCCAGCACCUCACACCGCUGCUGCACGCACACUCGCGGCGGCUCGCCGAUGCCUACCUGCGUCUGGGCCUCGCGCUCGAGUUCCACCCAGACGCCGACCGUCGGCGCGACGCCGAGAAGUACGUGCGCGCUGCCGCGACGGCGCUCUCACGGCGGCGCGAGGCAGUUCAGGCGCGUCUGGCCACACUGUCCAAGGGCGACGAGGCCGCUCGGGCAGAGGCGGCCGCGGCGGAACUGCGGGAAGCGGCAGCGCGUGCAGCAGCGGCGUCAGACUCAAAAGGCAAGGGCCGCAGCCAGGACACGGAUGUGUUCGAGCGCGACGACGUGGUGGACAUGGACGAGGAGAAGGCGCAGAAGGAGCUGCGUGACGUGCAGGAGAUCGCAGAGGAGCUGAAGAACAAGCUCGACGAGUACGAGGCUGCGCCGCCCGGCAGCAGCUCGCUGGACCAAGCAGGCUCUGCGGCUGGCAGCGACCAGGCGGCACUGAAGGAGGCCAUCAACGAGGCGCUGCUCGGCGCCAGCACCAACGCGCUGGCGGGCGCCGGAGCACCGCGUCUCGACCCCAACGCGCCGGUCAACGACCUCAGCGCGAUGGUCAAGAAGAAGAAGAAGCCCGAGAGCAAGCCGGCUGCGGCAGAGGAGAGCAAGGCUGCAAAUGGUGACGCGGCUCCUGCCGCAGCUGCGUCGAUCGCGCCGGCGGCAGAGGGCGCUGCGGAGAGCUCGGCUGGCAAGCGCAAGGCCGAGGAGCUGCCGAUCGACGCCACGCCAGACGCAUCCAGCGACAAGCGCGCACGUGUCGAAGACGCUGAGGCAUAGGCGCCCGGCGCGCCAAUGGCAUAGCAUUAACGAGACGGGAUCAGAGAGCCAGC